AGAAAAAUGUGGUUAUAAAAACCCGGGGCCCAGUCACGAUGGCCAGGCAAGUCUUCCUUUUUUCUUCCAGAACAAUUCGGCCAUUGAGCUGCUGGUCCUGUCCCUCCUUCCAAUUGAUUUUCCCCCUCAUCCCACACUACAUCAUGUUUGCCUCCACUGCAAUGGUAUGUUUUCCCCGAUCAUCAGGGUCUCGAUCCGUCUCCACUCUUCCCUCCUCUCCUCACCUCUCUCGUUCGCUCCCUCGCGCGUCAACUCCCAACUGACCUUUCCGCCGCAGCACCACAGCAUUCCAUCAUGCCCUCCUCUAGAACAAAGAUCCUAUUCGGAAAGCAGUGAUGACUCCAUGCAAUCGGCUUUCGGAUAUUUCGAUAACACCAUGUACACCAUGGCGGCGACCGAUCUGCCCAUGACCCAACCCUCUUUCGAACCAUCCUCCUACGAAUCCACCUCCUUCACCUCAUCCGUCAAUUCCUCCCCUUUCAACGCCUACUACAACUUCACUCCUUCUCUUAUGUACUCGCCGGAAGCAUACACUUUUCUUCAAACACAAACACCUCCAGUGCCUGUAUCGGGCGGGGAAUGGAUUGCGCCGCAAUCCACCACUCCCAGCACCGAGGUCGUAUACUCUCCGGAAGAGACUUGCGACGCAUUAGACAACUCUAGACCCGUCAAACCCUUCUCGUGCCGCGACUGCGGCAAGGCGUUCACACGUCCCGCCGACCUGAAACGGCAUCACACCAGUGUCCACAACCCCGUGUUUCAGGACUGCCCGGUACAAGAAUGCCUACGCAAGGAUGGCAAUGGGUUUCCGCGUCGCGACCAUCUGAUUGAACACCUACGCUCGUUUCACCACUGGGACGUUCCUAAGCGUCGGACGACCAAGCGAUCGCGAACUGAUUAGUGUCAUGAUGCUUUUACCUUGCCUUAUACCCUUUGCGUCAUGAUGCUGUUGAAUAUACCCUUCUGUUUGUUGCCGGGUGUUCACCCAUGGCACUUUACGUCCGUCUAUGUCCGCUAUGCUUCUCAUGUCUAUGCUUAUGCUUAUGCUUCUUCAUGUUGUCGAUGACCCACGGACGGUAUGGCGUUCCGGACUUCAUUAUUAUUCAUUUUCCUUUUGGCAUAUACCAUUUUCAUUUGGUUCCUUAUACACAUAGACAUUGUGUACCAGUCACAAGUUUAUUAAUACAUUACCUUCAAGAUGUCACAACAUGCAA